AUGUCCAAAUCCCAGCGGCUCAAAGGUUCCGACAAACGGCCGCUGCUGACUUCCGCUCGCAGACAGCUGAUCGUCCGUUUGGAGAGAUCCAUCCCGGGAUACGAGCAGCUGAUCGACCGGCGGACGGAACUCCUGGAUCUGGUUUCAAAGCCCGACGAGCUGCGGAGAACAGACAUCCAGCAGUUGUUGGUGAAGAAAGGAGAUGAAGACCACCACAACCAGCAAAACCAGCAGGACCUGGAGGAUCCACACAUUAAAGAGGAGCAAAUGGAACUAGGCACAGUUCCAAGACCAACAGAACAUGAUGGAGAGGACUGUAGAGGAUCAGAUUCAGACUUUCCUGAACUUGAGAGGGAAGACAGCGACAAAGACUGGGACCCUUCGGACUUACACAAGAGAAUAAAUACAUUGGGAGAAGAGUUCAGCUGCUCUCUGUGUAGUAAAAACUUUGCUCAAAGACAAAGUCUGAAAUACCACUUAAAAACUCACAUAGGAGAGAAACCGUUCAGCUGCUCAGUUUGUAAUAAAAGAUUCAUGCAGAAAGGAAACUUAAAGUAUCACAUGAUUGUGCACUCAGCAGAGAGACCGUACAGCUGCAACGUUUGCAGCAGAACUUUCCGGUGGCCAGCGCAGGUCAAAGCUCACAAGUGCAAGUUAUCUGAGCGGUGCCGGAAACAACCCAAGAAAUCACUGAGUUGCUCCAAAUGUGCUGAAACAUUUCCUGACAGAUUGCUGCUGGCAGCCCACAAGAAGGUCCAUCAAGAGAAGAAACUGCUGAGCUGCUCGGUGUGUGGUCUGCAAGCUCGCUUCAGAUCUCAGCUGCAGAUUCACAUGAGAAAACACACUGGAGAGAAACCCUACAGUUGCACUAUAUGUGGGAAAAGAUUCUCUCAAAUUGGAAUCACAAAGCAGCACAUGUUGGUACACGCAAAGGAGAAACCGUUCAGCUGCACCGACUGUGGGAAAAGAUUUUCCUGGCAUUUUCAGAUCAAAAGGCACAAGUGUCGUACCAGGUUCUGGCAGUACAGUGGAUCUUCAGCAGUCUGGAACCUGAAUCCAGAUAAAAUUUUGGAACUACGGACAGAUGAAACGACUGAAGCCGAGACUGUCAUUGCAGACAGUGACAGUACCUUUUGGAGAGAGACUAGGAAACAUCAGUUAGGUUUCACAUACCAGAGAAAUAAAAAAGUCUCUGAAAGUGAUAGAGAGCCUAAUAUUGAAAAGAAAAUGUCAGAUUGUCCUGAUGUUAAAACUGAAACCAAACAUGAGAAUGGAGAUGUUUUCAGUCAGAACAGACAUCUGCAGUCAUACUGUCAGACACAUGAAAACUCAUGGAAUCAUUCUGACACAAAACUGUUGUACUCUGAAAGUCAAAAAGCACUUGAAGACAGAAACACUCAGCAGACACACCUGAGACACUCAACUGCAGAGAAACCAUUCAGCUGCUCAUUCUCUGGGAAAAAAUUUAGUAAUGGAGGAUAUCUGGCACAGCACAUAUCGAUGCAUAAGGGAGAGAAACUACUCGGCUGCUUUAUCUGUAAGAAAACUUUCAGUGAGGAGUUGGAGCUCAUCAGCCAUGAGUGUGUUGGUGAGUCCUCACAGCAUCAUCAAACUAAGAAACAGUUCAGUUGUUACUUCAGACGUCACCCAAGAUGUUCGGUGUGUAACGCUGGUUUUAGUGACAGAGACUCUCUAGUUCAACAUAUGAGAAGCCACACAAGACAAACACAGUUUCUCUGCUCGAUUUGUGGAAAAGACUUUGCAUGGAGAAGACAUCUGACCAAACACAUGGAAAAUCAUGUGAAGAAGAAACUGUACCGUUGCAGCAUUUGUUACAGGAAAUUCACCUGCCCAAAGAAACUCAGUCACCAUUGGUGUGUUCACCGUUCAUCACAGCUUCAUCACAGCGGUUCGGCUGAACACAUGGAGGCUGAUGGAGAGAACUGUAGAGAACCAGAACAAAAUCCACUUUUACAAGCAGACACUGAAAACAAGACUGCAGAUUCUUCUGACGCCGACACUGACGACAGCGACUGUUGGAAAGAAAACAGAAGAGAUCACUUUACCUCUGAGAAACAUCACAAAGUCCCCGAGAGCGAUACAACACUAUACAGAAAUACUUUCAUACAACAGUUUACAUGUGGACAAGAUCUGAGCCAAAACACUGAGUUCCAUACAGAGGUACAGAGGGAAGAGGAGCAGGAAGAACUAACGUCCACAGAUAUUAAAGAGGAGCAGAAGGAACCGGUGCCCUCAGAUAUUAAAGAGGAGCAGGAAGAACUGGUGCCUAUUAAAGAGGAGCAGGAGGACACUGAUAUCACCAAGUUCACCUUCAGUUCUGUCCCCAUGAAGACUGAAGAAGAUGAAGAGAAACCUCAGUCCUCAAAGCUCCAUCAGGGCAACUCUGUGGGACAACCAGACCCAGAUCUAGACUCAAAUAUAGGAGGAGUGUAUUUUAAAAGUGACGACAGUGUUGACAGUGAUUUCUGGAAAGACACCAGGCAGCGUCAGUCAGGAAAUGAUUCUGGUAGAAACCUCUUCAGCUCAUCUGAUGAGACGAAUCUGCAGCCGGAGAGCGACGACAGCAUUGACAGCGACUUCUGGAAGGACGGCAGGAAUUCUCAGUUGGGUUCAAACUCUCUGAAACACAAUGGAGUCUCUGACGGUGCAGUGAGAGAUGAUGCCAAGAAGAAACCAUACAGCUGUACUGAGUGCGGUAAAACAUUUCGUUACGUUUUCCACAUGAAGACUCACAUGAAGCUGCACACAGAGGAGAGGCCAUUCUUUUGCUCCGUCUGCGGUCAGAAAUGUCUUUACAAGUCGCACCUGAAGAUCCACAUGAGGACUCACACUGGAGAGAAACCCUUUGUCUGCCCAAUUUGUGGGAAAAAAUAUGCUCACAAAGCUAGCAUGCAGUCACACAUGUCUGAACACGCCAAACAUUACAGCUGUAGCGUGUGUGAACGAAGCUUUGCCUGGUACACAGAGCUGAAAUACCAUCAGUGUGUCAGAGAAUCAUCACAUGAUCAAACAUACAGGAGAGAAACCACGUAGUUGUGAACAAUUUGCUGUGUGACCAGUCCAUCUGAUUGACUGAUUGUUGCAGCUUUUCUGUCAGAACUGUCCUGAAACAAGAAAAUGUGCAAAUAUAUUACAUUAAACAAAUCUGUUUGAAGAACUGAUCAAACUGACUCUAAAUUGUCACUUUAAGUUUUCCAUCUAGAAAAACGGAUUCUGUGUUUGCCUGAAGGUGAGGAAUACAUAUUAUUCUGAUGAUGAGUCUGACUAUGAAGAACAUAUUUCAUUUAAAAACUCAUGACAGCGUUCAGCAGUGUGGUGUUUCUGCUGCACAGAUCGAUCCUGUUGUUGCUGAUGUGUUUCAUGCUGAAGGUUGAUUAUUAAUUUUUAUCCAUCACUGUAAGGAAAGCACUAGUGGAGUAUUCAGGAUUAGGGUUGGGAGUGAGUUGGAAGAUAGAGUAAAUAAUAAAAUUAUGAUAAGAAAAGGAUUUAAAAAUAUACAAUGUGAUGGUAACAAUAAAAUAGUAAUAAUGGAAAUUUUAAGAGUAAUGGUCAUAAUGCAAUUUAAUUAAUAAAAUAAAAAUUGAAUCUGAAA